AUGGAAAAAAUCAACUCGGAAAGACCGAGUAUCAUUGAUGAAGAAUCUUCUUCACCCUCGGCAGAAACAUCACCGCAAACCUCAAUCAUGUUUUCAGCAGUAAACAAUAAGACGGAUGAAAAACGAUAUGUGAUCGAAGGCAUUAAAAAUCUCAUGGCUCUCUCAAGACGUGCCAAGCUGAAUGAACGAGAGAAUGAGUUUCUUCGCAGUGAAAACCAAGCACUCAGAGAAGAAAAUGAGGCAUUAAUGAAAGAAAUUUCUACUAAAACAGUCUCCUCAGAAGAUAUGAUUCUGAACUCCAAAAUUGAGGAGCUAGAAAUUAUUGGAAUGCCACCAGACCCUAUUGAAUCAGAGAAAGAGCGAAUACUCCUUCUCAGAGAUAUUGAAAUUCUUCGAGAACGUGUGAAAGAGUUGGAGAAUGCUCAAACUGAUGUCAACAGAAGCGAGUGUGGAACGCAAGUUGAAGUUCAAGAAGUACUGGCUUCGAAUACACUUGAGACGCCAGAUAUUUAUUUUUUGAAGGAAACAGAAGCUAUCAAAACAUCUGAUGUGCCAUCCCGAACCGAAGAAUCGAAUUUUGUUCAUGAAAGACCAACUGCCGAGUUCCAAAAGAAUAAUUUGAUGCCACAGAUGGAGUCUCGGAAAAAAGAGGUUGCCGCCAGACAUGACACAUCGAAAGAAGAACAAGAGACUGUAGUUAUUUUGAUCAAAUCUCUAGAAAUUGAACAAGAAAAGUAUCAGUAUGCAUUGGAAGUCAUUCGAACACUGGAAGAAGAAGCUCUGGAAAUCAAAAAACUUCGAAAACAAGUCGAGAAUCUCAAAAAAGAGAAGACCAGCAAUCCGGAUGAUACACGUCUUCGAAACGAAAUCGGCACGCUAAUCAAGAACAUGGAAGAGUUUUCCGAGGGAAGACGAUUCGAAGAUCUUCCUGAAUCAUUCAGAUUUGAACCUCCUCCUUACUACUACAGUUCGGAUACCUUUUCUAGAACCGUCGAUAUUUUGAAGACAAUUCUGAAAGGUGGACGAUUCCCGAACAAUAUGAUAAACGAUUUCUGGCGCUCGCUGAUUCGACGUGCCGAGCAGAUUGAACACGUUAUCAGAGACAAGACAGAAAAUGCCAAAAAACUCGCAGGAGAUGAGAUCAUCCGUCUGAAUGAUAUUCAUGCGAAGGAGAAGAAUACUUUCCGCGUCAAUCUGCAACUCACCGAGAAACGGCUAUCCUAUGCUAUUCAAGAACUAGAGGAAUACAAAAAAACGGCAAAUAGUUCGGUUCAGAGUGAGCCCGAUUCCCUAAAAACUACAGCAUCCACAAAUCAAAGCACAGUGAUCGAUCAAACAAGACUUGAAAAGUUGCCGAAAUCAUCUCCAAUGGCUGGCUUCAUCCAAAAUAACCCAAGUGUUCCGGUGGAUAAAGGAUGGGUGAUGAACAGGUUCAUCAGAGGACCAAAGAAUACUCCUCAUUAA